AUGAAUGGCUCUAAAGUUGCCUCUGAAGCUGCGAGCACAAAGGAGGAAACAGUUGCCAGUCCCUCCGCAGCGAAGACGCCUAUACAGGAUUCCCCUAUAGACACUACCACAGACCAAGCUGCACGAUUAUUCUGCGAUGUUGGGAUCAAAAGCGAUAUGGGCUCUGAGGUGGUUCAAGUCGUAAUCGGUCCCGAAAAAAAGGUGUUUACGAUCCACAAGAAUCUUCUUAUGGCUACUGGUGGAGCCUUUGUUAAUUCCCUUGAACUCGAGACGCACUCAAAAGGGCGCCGGAUCACUUUAUCUAAAGAAAGCCCUGAAGUCUUUAAACAUUUCGUCGACAUGAUCUACACGCGCCAGGUUCCUGCUGUCCUGAAAACAAUGAAUGACGAUUCCAAAGCACUAAGACUUCAGAGUCUUUGUCGACUUUAUGUGAUGGUUGAGCUCCUAGAAUUAGAGUCUACCAUCCGAAACCAAAUAUUAGAUAAGAUUCAAGAUGGAUUUUUGCUCUCGAACAGAUUGCCAGAAAUUCCACUUAUCAUAUCGAUAUAUCGCAAUACCUCAGAAAAAUCACUGUUACGAAAGUUUGUUGUUGCGUGCCUUGUUUAUCAAAUGCGAACCAAACCUGAGGAAUGUAUUGAGAUAAUCACCAAACUUUUCAAGGCUAGUAAUGAUUUCAUAAAUGACUUUUUGAAAGUAUGUCUCAGCUAUGUGCCUUGUCAGGAUCCAAGGCAAGUCAAAAUUUAUUAUUAA